AUGUCUAGAGAGAAUUCUCGAAUAGAAGAGCAGCAUAUAAAAAGAUCAAUUCUUAAUUACUCUAGUGAAGAGAAGAGAUUUUAUCGAGCUAGCAUAAGAAAGUUUCGAAAAUCUCAUGUGCUAUAUGUCAUACUUUUAAGUUCGAUAGCUUUAUUGCAAGUUAUAUCAAUUGCAUUUUUUACUAAGGGUUUUUCUUUUUGUAGAUCGCCCAUUCGUCAUACUGCCCAAUAUUCACCUGAAUACUCAGAGGUUAAAAAAUUUGACAAAGCUGUUGUAUUACUAGUUGAUGCAUUACGAUUUGAUUUUGUUGUGCCAAUCAAUGAAUUAGAUCCCAUCUAUAAUGAAAACUACCAUAAUAAUAUAGAUAUUAUCUCUGAAUUAUUGAAUCAGAAUGAUAAUUCAACCAAAAACGAAUCAAAAAAGGAUAGAGUACAAAAAUCCUCGUCAUUACUUUUUAAAUUCUUAGCAGAACCACCGACAACCACCUUCCACAGAUUGAAAGGUAUAACUACGGGUUUAUUACCAUCCUUUUUAGAUGGUAUCAUGAAAUUAAACGAUAGAGUUGUGGAGGAUGAUAGCAUUAUUAAACAAUUAUUUUUAAGGAACAAAACGAUAUAUUUUUCGGGAGAUGAUACAUGGAGCAGAAUGUUUGAACCUUAUCUAUCACCAAAAAGUGUUCCUCUAGAAUCUUAUAAUAUUUGGGAUUUAAAUACGGUUGACGAUGGGGUAUUUAAAUUUUUCAAUGAACAUUUAACAAGUAAAAAUACAAGUAAUAGAGAAUGGGAUAUAUUGAUAGGCCAUAUCGUAGGUAUAGACCAUGCUGCUACUAAAUAUGGACCUAACCAUAUAACUGUAAAACAGAAGCAGAUACAAAUAAACGAGUUUAUUAAACAAAUCGUUAAAUCUUUAGACGAUCAGACUUUGCUAAUUGUCAUGGGUGAUCAUGGCAUGGAUAUUACAGGGAAUCAUGGUGGAAAAUCUAGUGGUGAACUAGAAAGUUCUUUAUUUUUAUACUCAAAAAAAUCUAGUGUCUGGAAACAGGAACAUUCUUUGCAUGAAAAUAACAAUGAUUUCUACAAGAAGAUAAAUCAAAUUGAUAUAGUACCAACAUUUUCACUUUUGUUUGGCAUACCUAUACCAUAUAAUAAUUUAGGGUGGCCAAUAAAUGAAAUUUCAUUAAGUGACGAAGAAAAUAAUAUUCAUAUGAAACUAGCGUUGGAACAAAUUAGGAAAUACCAACUAGAUUCAGAUAUCAUCCAAGAUAAAAAGGAUAAUAAUACACUCAAUACUUUAUAUGAACAAGCUAAACUAGAUAUUAAUAAAACUCAUGCUUUUUACGAAGCGGUUUUAUCAGCGUUCAAGAGUAAUUGGAAGUCAUUUGAUUAUUUGAGCAUCGGAACUGGUAUAUUCCUAUUGCUUGUUUCUGUCACAUUACUAAUUAUAAUUACCAAGCUAAUACCAUCCAUUGUAGUAAACCAAAUGGUUACAGAAUUUGUUCAAAAUAUAUUAAUAUGUACACUUAUCACAAAUAUUUGCAUAUGUAUAAUAUUUUUCUAUUUUGGUUAUUUUGGAUUCAUAAAAAAUAUAUUCUGGUGUAUAUCACUAGCUACCGCAAUUGGUAUCAUAAUUGGUUGUUUUAGAGCGAUAUUACAUCGUUACAAUAUUAAAUGGGUUUUGGCUAAAUUUUUUAGUGACUUUUCUGACUAUUGGUCAAUGGUGGGAGUUAUUUUCUUAUUUAUUCAUGCAGGAUUAUUUAUGUCAAAUUCGUUAACAAUUUGGGAAGAUAGAGUCGUACAUCACCUAAUUAUUACAUUUGGAUUUUUAGCAUUGUAUGAAUUUAUUUUUAUACCAAACAGACAAUCAACAACGGCGCUCGCAACUGCUGUUAUCAGUGAACAACAGGGUACUUUAUCUGGGGUGAGUCCUUCACUAGCCAAUUCAUUUUCAUUACCGAUGACUAGAUUUGCAAGGUUGCUUGGUACUUAUCAUUCAAUUGUACUUUUGCUAUGUACAAGAUCUGUUAGUACGAUAACAUCAUGUAGAGAAGGUCAAUUAGAUUAUUGUGUACCAACAUUUACUACAGAAAUUAAUUAUUCGUGGGGGUGUACUGCAGUUUUCAUUGUCGUUUUGAUUCUUUUGCCCAUGUCAAUAAAAGGAUACUAUAAUCUAUUAUCGUCCUACCAAGCUGCUGCACCCAUAUGGAUUGAUUAUCUAUUGAAAUUAUUUUUAUAUUUUGAUAUAAUAUAUUGGGUUGCUAUUGUAAUAGAAACAAAGUAUGAUGUAACUUUUAUCAAUUUUACAUUAAUAAAUGUCACUAUUGCGAGAAUAAUCAUAUGCUUUACUUUCGUAGUAUGCAAUUUAGCAUGGAUGGUAGGUCCUUUAUGCAUAAAGUUAAAUGUUGAAAAUGCUGAUAUGAGGUCACAGCAGACCACCAUUAUUGGUUACUCCAAUAUUUAUGGCGCGCCAUACUUUUUGUUAGUAAUUAAUGCUUUUAUGAGUAUACUAUUUUUCAACAAGCCGUUAGCUCAGAUUUCUUUAGCUUUAAUGUGCAAUCAAAUAUUGUCUAUUAUGGAAAUAAUUGAUUUAUUAAAUAUAAAAGAAAAUAUUAUUGGUCCUAUUGUUUUGAGUUUAUUAUCAUAUCAACAAUUUUUUAACACAGGGCAUCAAUUUACUCUUUCAUCAAUUCAAUGGGAUACCGGGUUCAUUUUAUCUGAUACUGUGAACUUUCCAUUUACAGAAAUUUCCAUUAUGAUAAAUACAUUCGGACCAUUUAUAAUAGUCGCAUUAUCAAUUGUUUUAUUAACGUUAUGGAGUCAACCACCAGAUAUACUAAAACCACAAACUUUAUUAGGGAGAUUAGUUGCCAAUUGUGGUAUUUUAGUGACAUAUAAUGCUGUCUUAUGCUUGAGUUCCUUUAUUUGGUUGACAUAUUUCCUACAGCACCCUAUGGUAUGGAAUAUUUUUUAUCCUAGAUUCAUAUAUGCAAGCAUUAUAUUAUUAAUAACCCAAUUUGUUGUAAUCUUUGCUACAAUAGGAUUUGCGAGUGGUAAAUUAAUUGGGCAUAUUAAUAAUAUCUUUUGGAAGUAG